UUAUCCAGCCCAGCAGUUAUUCACUCGUGAAGCGGAUGUGGAAGGUAGUCGGUGAGCUGUCGCCGAGCCUGUCGCCAUUCACGGUAGAGUCCCCGGGACUGAGGAGGUUGCAGGUGGUCUCAUCUCCCUCCAUCCCAGGCAGCAACACCUGUGCAGAUUCAGAAUGUCACCUGGUGAAAUGAGGGUUGUGUUACUGAUCCUGGCUUCUCUGAUCGCAGACUCCACAGCCAGUGAUCCGUGUGUAACCCACACUGUCCUGGAUCAGCCCUGGAGGAACUCGGGUUGUCAUAGAACUCGGUGCAGCAGCCGAUGGAUGGAUGAUGGAAAUCUGACGGAAGGGUGGUACAGAUUUAGCAGUUACGACAAUGUGAAGAUUCUUGAGCAUGCAGUUCCAUUCUCUCGCUGCUCUGGGUGGAGUCCCGGCUGGUUAUCUGGUUCCCAUCCCAGAGUGAGAGACGGGGAGGUGACCAGGACAGUCUGUUUCAACUGGGUUAGAGACAACCCCAAUAAACACAACUGCCUCACGCAUCAGGAGAUCAAAAUCAAAAACUGUGGUGAUUAUUUUGUGUAUCGUCUGAAGCCGACACCCGGAUAUUACAGUGUGUAUUGUACAGACUCCGUACGCAGUGACCCAUGUGUAGACCACACCGUCCUGGAUCAGCCCUGGAGGAGCACGGAUUGUUCCAACACUCAGUGCACAAAUGGCCAAUGGAAGUCUGAUGAAAACCUUGUUGAAGGAUGGUACAGAUUCAACAGUUCUGGCGGAUGGAAGAUUCCUGAGACCAACGUUCCAGCGAAUCACUGCUCCGGGAUGAGCCCAGGAUGGUUAAACGGUGACCAUCCCAGCGUGACAGACGGGGAGGUGACCAGAGAAGUGUGUUUCGAAGAUGUUGGUGGCGGUGGGUCUGGAGAAGAGUGCAAGGACAUCAAGGUUAAAAACUGCAGCAGUUACUUUGUGUAUGAGCUGAAGCCAACACACAUCGACCAGUCUGUGUAUUGUACAGCCGCAGACUCCGCACUCGGUGAUCCGUGUGUAAACCACACCGUCCUGGACCAGCCCUGGAGGAGCACGGGUUGUACCCACACUGAGUGCAGCAGUGGACAAUGGCAGAAUGAUGAAAAGCACGGAGUGGGGUGGUACAGAUUUAAGAGUUCUGGCGGAUGGAAGAUUCCCGAGACUGACGUUCCCACCUAUCACUGCUCCGGGACGAGCACAGGCUGGUUAAACGGUCCUCAUCCCAGUGAAGGAGACGGGGAGGUGACCAGGACAGUCUGUUUCACCUGGGAUGGAAACGGCUGUAACAGACAGCAUGAGAUCAAGGUGAAACGCUGCGGAGGUUUCUUUGUGUAUCGGCUGGAGCCCACACUCUGCUGUAACAAGGUGUAUUGUACAGAUCCACACUCCGUACCAACUGGGGAACCCCAGGAAACAACAGCCCAACCCCAGGAGGAUUUGUCCACCGUCCCAGAACCAGGUACAAGCUCAGAUCUCCAGUUGUCCACAGGGGAACAGACCGAUGGAUCAACGACUGGAGAAUCCACCCAGGAAUCAUCUUUUGACCCAAUGGGAGACACAUCCUCAGAUCCACACUCCGUACCAACUGGGGAACCCCAGGAAACAACAGCCCAACCCCAGGAGGAUUUGUCCACCGUCCCAGAACCAGGUACAAGCUCAGAUCUCCAGUUGUCCACAGGGGAACAGACCGAUGGAUCAACGACUGGAGAAUCCACCCAGGAAUCAUCUUUUGACCCAAAGGGAGACACAUCCUCAGAUCCACACUCCGUACCAACUGGGGAACCCCAGGAAACAACAACCCAACCCCAGGAGGAUUUGUCCACCAUCCCAGAACCAGGUACAAGCUCAGAUCACCAGAUGUCCACAGGGAAACAGAUCCAGGAAUCAUCGACUGGAGAAUCUACCCAGGAACCGUCUUCUGUCCCAGUGGGAGACACAUCCUCAGAUCCACACUCCGUACCAACUGGGGAAUCCCAGGAAACAACAGCCCAACCCCAGGAGGAUUUGUCCAAGGUCCCAGAACCAGAUACAAGCUCAGAUCCACCGUUGGGCACAACUCAGGAACCCCAGGGAGCAACGAGUGGAGACUCUGGUCAGGGUUCGACCAGUGACCCAGCAGGGUCUGCAAGCUCAGGGCCCGAGGGUGCCGGACCUGAGGCGCACAAAACGUCAACAACCAGAGAGCCCAGCGGGACACCGUCCUCUGCCCCAAAGGAAGAGACAUGUUCAGCCCACUGGCUGCUGACAGAGGAGGAGUGCGAGAGGUUGAUCAGCGAGGCACAAGUGCUGUUCAUUGGGGACCAGGGAUCGCCCGAGGACAUGAAGGCCCAUCUCCAGGAGUUACGUGAGAUACUGAGGAAGCAGCUCUAAUGUAAAUAAGUCAAGCCCAAGGAUUAACAGACCGGAAAACGGAAGAAGAGGGGAAGCAGCUGAGCAGGUCCUGCAUUCGGAUC